AUGAAGCCAGAUAUGAUGGCCAAAGAUUCGAGAAGCAGAUGGGGAAACCACAUCAGCCUAGUCCUUUUACCGUUAUCCAUUGGUUUAGAAACCGAUCCAUUAGUUUAUCUAUCAAAAGCUAAAUCCACGAUGGAUCGGAAGAAAAACUUUCUUCAUGCUCCUAUGCUAUAUUCGAUUAUCGAGUUCAUUUUUAAUGUGCUUGGUGCAAAGGUAGGAGCAAUAUUAUUCAAACGAACAGUGCAAAACACAACAACAUUCAUAUCAAACGUCAUUGGCCCAACGGAAGAAAUUAGUUUCCAUGGCCAUCCAAUUAGUCUAUGGACACUCCCAAGUCCCAAUUAUGCGGAUAAGAUAGUAAUCUCGGUAGCAGUUGAUCCAACAGUCAUACCGGAUCCUCACAAGCUAUGUGAUGAAAUGGAGGAGUCUCUGAAAGCUAUGAAAGCUGUUGUCGCACAAAGAGGGUUACUUAUUAACAGCCAAUAG